UGUCGCACGUGCAUUCAUUGGCGGCAAUUCGCGGAAAAACUGAAAAGUGCAAAACGCAAAGUAGAGUUUUUUAAAACUAUGCCGUGAGGAAAACGCGUUACGGUUUUUGUGAUUUGCACGUGUCGUUAGUCACCUUGAUGAUUGAUUUGUUCUGAAUUUUGAUUCGGUGAGCGACGCAAAAAAUGGAAACUCCACAGGAAUUUCCAUUUCCUUUUCCAGCCUACGAAAUACAAAAGCAAUUUAUGAAAGAACUCUACGAGUGUUUGGAAAAUGGGAAAUUGGGUCUGUUUGAGAGCCCUACCGGUACCGGAAAAUCUUUAUCUAUUAUUUGCGGUGCUCUCAAAUGGUUGAUCGAUCAUGAGAAAUGGGAGAAGCAAAAAUUGUUGUCCGCAAUCGAAGAAAUAGAUGAAAAACUAAAAAAUUGCAACAUUUCAUCUGACAAUUGGUUUGCGGAGCAAACCGAACAGAUUGAACUAAAUGCCGAAAAACAACCUUUACAAUCUAAAUUAAAUGCGCUUGUUGAUUACGAAGGUGAAAAGGAGAAAUUCAAGAAGUUGAUUGAGUCAAAGAAAACUGCUGGAACUAAAACAAUCAAAAAACUCAAACAAUAUUCUACCAAACACACUACCGAACAGUUUGCAGAAUCGAGCAAAUCAGAGAAGGAAGACGACUUGGAUGUCUGUGAUAUUGAGAAGAAUCUCAUUUUGGAAGAUGUGUUGUCUAAUUCGGAAAGUUCAGAGGAAGAAGACAAAGAAGAACCUUUGUUUAAGAAUACCAAGAUUUUUUUCUGUUCCAGAACACACUCACAGUUAACACAAUUUGUUCACGAAUUAAAGAGAUCUCCUUAUUCUCAAGAUAUUUCUGUGGUGCCACUUUCAUCAAGGCAAAAUUAUUGCAUCAACAAAAAUGUCAAGAAAUUGAGGCAUGUCAAUUUGAUUAAUGAAACUUGUCUUCAGCUUCAACGAAAAAAGACCACUGUUAAAAAGGAAAAGGAUAUAAAGAGGUCAAAAAUAGCAAGUAAUUGUCCUUUUGUGCCAGGUGAUCAGAAAAUGUUGAUGGCUGAAGUUUUGACAAAUAUUAAAGAUGUUGAAGAAAUUGUGCAGAAGGGUCAAGAAAGUAAUACUUGUCCUUAUUACGGAUCCAGAAAAUCUGUGCAAAACGGACAAUUGAUAUUGGUCCCAUAUAAUUCUAUCUUACAUAAAAACACCAGAACCAGUUUAGGAAUAGAUUUGAAGGGAAAUGUGUUAAUAAUAGACGAAGCUCAUAACUUGCUAGAUGCUAUUGAAGGAAUGCACAGUUCUAUAAUUAGCGGGAGAAAUUUGCUUCAUUGUCAUAAUCAGCUGUCACAAUAUCAGAAGAGAUUUGAAUCUUUAUUCUCAGCUAAAAGCGUAUUGUACUUAAGCCAAUUGAGUUUUUGCCUAAAGAAGCUUUUAACUCUGUUUGGAGCAACAACAAAGUCUCAUCCUAACGACGAGACAAGUAAGACAUUGGUGCCUAAAUUAUACAAGAUAGAAGAAUUUGAAGUGCUUACAGAGAUUGAUACAGUAAAUAUAUUCAAGUUGUUGGACUUUGUGAAAGUUUCAAAACUUGUUCACAAACUGCAAGGAUUUGUUGAGCAAUAUAGUAAUAGUGUAAAAGUCAAUAAACAAAAAGUAAAAAAGUCUGGUGUGACAGAAUUUUUAAACUCAAUUAAGAACAAAGAUAUAUCGGGCGAAGAAACUAUCGGUGUCACAGAUACACCAAAUGAAGAUCAAACGAGCAAUCCAUUGAUGGCAAUUCUGAGCUUCUUAGAAUGUUUAAAAAACAGCUGUGCAGAUGGCAGAAUAUGUGUUUUACCUGGCAUCACUAUUGGACAAGGGAUUAUAAAGUUUUUGUUGUUAAAUCCGGCAGCACAUUUCCAUGAUAUUGUCAAGGACGCAAGAUCAGUGGUUUUAGCUGGUGGCACAAUGGAACCAAUGUCUGAAUUUAUAGACCAACUGUUCCUAAUGGCGGGCGCUACUCCAGACAGAAUUAUGACUUUUUCAUGCGACCAUGUGAUUUCGAAAGAAAAUAUUAUAUCUAAUGUUGUGAUAUGUGGUCCAACCGGAGUUGAAUUUGAAUUCAAUUUCCACAAUCGGCAAGACACAAGACUGCUGGAUGAAUUAGGUAGAGCUCUCGUGAAUUUAUGCAACGUUGUGCCAGCUGGAAUUGUAGUUUUCUUUCCAUCUUAUAACUAUGAAGAUACAGUGUUUAAGCACUUAGAUAAAUCUGGCGUCAUAACAAAACUUUCUGCAAAAAAGCGUAUUUAUCGCGAACCUAAAUUAGCAUCUCAGGUCAGUGUGAUAUUAGAUCAAUACGCAAAUUCUAUAAAAAAUCCACAAUCACCAUGUAAUGGAUCAUUGUUGUUCAGUGUAGUUGGCGGCAAAUUAAGCGAAGGUUUAAAUUUUUCUGAUGAUUUGGGCCGAUGUGUUAUAGUGGUUGGCUUGCCAUAUCCUAACAUUAAGUCACCAGAAUUGCAAGAAAAAAUGAAGUAUUUAAACGAACAUGUCAAACCGGACGCUGGAAAUAGGUUCUAUGAAAAUUCUUGUAUGAAAGCAGUGAAUCAGUGCAUUGGUCGAUCCGUUCGUCACAUUAACGAUUAUUCGACAGUUGUGCUGUUAGACAAACGUUAUUGUCAUAAAAUCAAAGUACUACCCCAAUGGAUUCAACGUUCCGUAAAAGUCAACGAUACUUUUGGAUCUGUAAUUGGUAGUAUUGCAAAAUUCUUUGCAGAAAAAAGAACUAAGAAAGUUUAAUCUCUAUCAUGACAAUAAACUUGUCCGGGACGUAGAAUGGAAGAAGGAAAAUGUGGCUGAAAGAAAUUAAACUUAUAAAUCGAUG